AUGCCGCCUAAACCAUUCCCGCUACCAUUUGGAAUCGGCACAGAUAUCAUACGAAUCUCGCGUAUUUGUGAUAUCAUCGCAAAAGAUAGCCCGCUUCCCAGCAGAAACAGCACAAGUCUUUUACCCUUCCUUCGACGCGUCUUGACUCAAAGAGAGCAGACGGACUUCUGGAGACGCUUCAAGAACGAAGCUACAGUUUGGAGUGACAAAAAGAAGCCUGCUGCAGAAUACCUAGCUGGAAGGUGAGCUGAGGACUGGUCUGCUUGGCACAUCAAUCGUUGCUUAUGUCGUCUUGCAGAUGGGCAGCCAAGGAAGCAGUCAUCAAAGCCGUGCGGUACCGGCCUCUCACGCUAUUGCAAGUCGAGAUUCAUCGAUACCCCCCAGUUCAUGAGAGAAGUGGUGUCUUCGCACUGAUCUUGGACCAGCCAGCUGAUACGAUGUCGGCCAAAACUUCCCAACUUGGUGGCCAUGGACCUCCUAGUUCAUCCGACGCACGGCUUGAGGAUAGAAUGGCGGGGCAUCCGCUGGCUGAUAAUCUGCAAGAAAGAUCUCAGCCAGGCGACUCGGAAGAAAUUGGUUCUCAGCAAACCGCAGGCGCUCCAAGCGACCCUGCAGAUCCUCUGUAUGGUGGAGUUCCGUACGAUCAACUCGAAGGGCAAAUCGCAAGAAUCAGUAUCAGCCAUGAUGGCGAUUAUGCCACCGCAUUCUGUCUGGCUCACGAUGUGCCGAUGGAGGGAGACGUCGGCGGCGAAGCUGCGGCGAGGAUGCCAUAA